GAAAAAAAGUUUACAUCGAAAAACUCACUAAAACAGCAUUUGAAAACUGUCCACAAGUCUUCCACAGAGUCAAACAGUGAUGAGCCGGAACAAGAAAGAGACCAAGCUCAAGAAGAACAACCUGAACAACAACAUCAACUAGUCAUCAUGUCGAGCACAAUCCAGCAGGUAGUGGAGCAUGAGGAACCUCAAUCAACAGCCCAUAAAGCUGAGACUUUGGAGUUCUCAGAGACUGAGAGCCUCGAGGCAGUAAUCCAAAAGGCUUCUGGGGAAGAGACUGAACAUUGUGUGGGAAAGGUCCAUGUUGAACAACACAGGGUGCCUACUAUACACGAAGCUGCCAUGGCAAUUAAACCACCAAAUAUGGACCUUAGAUAUACUCCAGUGCCAUCUGAGAUAUUAUUAGCUGAUAUAGCAGAGGAAGAUAUAACUGAUGUGUUAGGGCUAUGCGAAGACAAUGGCGAUUCAGACAUUCAUGUUUAG